AUGGCUGAUAAUAUUGAUAAUGAUUUGUUGAUAUCUCUCGUAGAGGAACGUCCAGUUCUCUGGGAUAAAACCAUAGAAGAGUAUAAAGACAAAGAUAAGAAAAAUAGUGCAUGGAAGGAGGUCUGCCGAAGCAUUUUUCCGACGUUUGACGAGCAAACUAAUAAAGAAAAAACAAAAAUCGGAAACGAGGUGUUAAAAAAAUGGAAGAAUAUGAAAGACAAUUUCACAAAAUACGCAAAAAGGCUUGAAAGUUUAAAUAAAUCGGGCGCUGGUGCAACAAAAGUCAAAGAGUACCAUUUCUACAAGCAACUCAUGUUUUUAAAAAAAAAUGCUGCAAACGUAACGGACUCGAGCAUAGUUGAGGACCAAGAAAGUGACGAAGAUGGCCAGAAAGAUGAAACUGCAAGAUCUCGGUACCAGCCUUGUUCUCGGAAAAGAAAAGCAACCGACCAAUUUGAGUCAGACAUACUUCAGGCCUUAAAAGAGGCAGAAAAUAGACAUCUGUCGUUUUUCAAAGCUAUUUUACCGUCGCUAAACAAAUUAGACGAUCAUCAAACUUUAAUAUUUCAAAGUCGCGUCUUACAAGUACUCACUGAUCUCCACCAACCGUCACCAAAUAGUUACCAUAGCUCAUUUCAAAAUAGUUACCAAAGGUCUUACCAAGUCCGCUCAUCUUACCAAGAUGGUAACCCAAGACCCAACUCGUCAGCAUACGAAUCCGGUUACCAAAGACCCCAACAAACAUUUAAUAAUCAUCCACCAACAGUCCCUUCAUCAGGUCCUAAUUAUUUACAAACACCUGUAGAACCAGUCUCCAACGAAAGCGACAGUCAAUCAAACAAUGAAUAUGAAUUUGAUUUUUCUUAA